AAUAUGAAAAAAAAAAAAAAAAAAAAAAAAAAAAACAAGCGAAAACUCGGUAAAAAGGAAGAACCAAAAUCUGUAGAGUUGAGGUCCAGGUUGAGUGCACGACGCGAGUGAUGACCAGACCAUGAUAUGCCGGGAUUGGAGUACAACUACAGCAACAACAAUAACAACGGCGACGGAGACGAGGAGGUGCACAACAAUUAUUACGGCUUCGGCUUAGCAUCCGUUCUAGGCCUCAUGUCCGAUGGUGUUGCCUCCGAGCAAGUGAAAAAGUUUUUUUUCACCUCCUCGGCCAAGCCGUCCACCACCUCCUCCACCGUGAAUCCGGCGACCUGUGCCACCAGCAGCAGUAGCAGCAGCACCAGCAGUAGCACCAGCAGUAUCAGCAGGCGCAGGAACAACAGCAGCGAGGACGAGGACGACCUCGGCAAUCACGACGACGACGAGGACUCGCUAGAGAUCUACAUUCCUGAGCUUCUGCAGGCGCAUUACAGUUUUUACACUUGGCCAUCGGCCCCGGUUUUGGCCUGGUACUUGUGGGAGCACAGGAAGGAACUGCCAGGCAAAAGAGUUCUUGAACUUGGUUCAGGUACAGCUUUGCCUGGGAUAGUGGCAAGUAAGUGCGGCGCUUUGGUUACCCUCAGUGACUCUGCAACUCUACCCAAGAGCUUGCAGCACUUGAGAAGGAGUUGCGAACUCAACGGGGUUCUUGCCCAAGUGAAGGUUGUUGGAAUCACCUGGGGACUCUUCUUGUCCAGUUUAUUCAAACUCGGACCUUUGGACCUCAUCUUGGGUUCAGACUGUUUCUAUGAUCCCUCUGUUUUUGAGGACAUCGUUGUGACUGUUGCCUUUCUGCUUGAGAGAAAUUCAGCAGCUAAGUUCCUCUGUACUUAUCAAGAGCGCAGCGCAGACUGGUCGAUUGAACAUUUGUUGAACAAGUGGGGAUUGACGUGUCAGCACAUACCUCUUGACAAUCUUGGUGCAGAGUCUGGCCUCGACGUUCAAGAGUUGAUGCAAGAUCACACUAUCCACUUGCUGGAGAUAAAGAAAGCUUGAAACCUAACAUGUCCACCAAAC